CUUCCACACGAUCAUAUAAAGGACUCUACAUUAAGAGAGGUCGGUGCUUUUCAGAAGACUCAGGAGAAAGGGCAGCGACUCGAGACUUCUUCAGCACCGCGCAAAAGAACCCGCUACUUGCUCUUCAAGAAAAAUGUGAAGGGGUCGCGCGCAAGGUAUUCCUCGUUGCUGUAAACGUGAUAUAACACCGCCUGUAUUGGAACCUUAUUCGACCUGCAUUUGGUGCCACAGAACCUUUCUGAAAGAGAGCAGAACAGAAGGAGCGAAACAGCAAGCUGAGAAAAGAGAGCGCUACGGACUACAGACAUGGGCGCGGAAAACAGCAAACCCGGUCAACGAGGAGAAACAGAGAUAAUUGAGGAACUAGUGAUUCAGUAGAGAGAGACAUGGACACGACUACAAGGAGAAGAAGAAAUAGUAUAGAGGAACCACCUUAUCUGUCAGAAGACCAUGACAGAGAAAAGAUUGAAGAGUUCAGCAGAGACUUCAAGACGAUUGAGGAGUUCGUCCGGCUGUUUGAAGAGGAGGAGCAGGAGAUAGAAGGACACCUCAGAGAACUCAGUGGAAUCGCUGAUGGACUGGACGAGGCCCACAGGAAGGCAGCCAUCGCUAAGACCGCAGGGAGUUCUAUUAGUGCAGUUGGGGGUAUCAUGACCAUUGCAGGGUUGGUUCUGGCUCCUUUUACAUUUGGAGCCUCCACUGUACUGGCUGCUGCAGGGGUUGGUGCUGCUGUAGCUGGAGGAGCCACCAAUGUUACCACAGAAAUAGUAAAGGCUUCCAGUGAUGGAGGAGAUAACAAGAGAGUAGAGGAAAUAUUGGGUAUAAUUCAAUCUAAAAUGAGUGCACUUGGAGAAUCAGUCAAUAAGGCCUGCCUAACACUUUCUAAGUGGGAUGAAUAUCAUAUAGAAAAGGUCAAGCUUAUUUUAACAGCAGGUUAUAAAGUUGGUUCUGCAUGCCGUGCUGUCGGUAACAUUGCUUCCAUGGUAAAGACGUUUAAAAUACUUAGAGCUAACCCCGCCCUCAAAGCACUGGCAAAGCAAGUGACUGCAGUAAGCAGCAGAGCUGCAAAGGGAAUUAAAGGCAUGAAUGCUCUCAAAGGCGUGGUUGCCAAAGCCGCUCCUGUGGCACUCUCGAAAGGAGCCAGAAUAGCUGGAGGUGUUGUUGCCGGAGUCUUUGUGGUUUGGGAUGUCUAUGACAUCUCUAUGAACUUAAUUGACAUUGAUAACGGGUGUAAGACUGAAAGAGCGAAAGAGAUUCGAGAGCUGGUGGAAAAUGUAAAAGGAGAUCUGAAAAAUCUGGAAGGUGUCUAUUCAAAUAUGAAGGGAGGUAUGUGAGUCGGUCGGGUGGUAAACACGGCAGUCAGAGCUGUAGAGGUCCGUGCAUUCCAAAGCGAUCUUCCAGUCAAAUCUGCAUUUAAUCCUGUACUUCAGAGUAUUGUAAUCUGCCAAGUGUUUAAUCUGUAGUAUUUUGUAAUUAAUCAUAUCCUGAUGUAACUAUCACUGUCACUGUUAUCUGCUGUAUUACUGAAUUGUAUUUUGUCACACUUGUACUUGCUUGAACCAAAGUCAUUGUAUUUAUCUUGCUCUUAUUGUAUUAUUACUUGUACCGUGAUACUUGAAAUGUAUUUGCUUUCGAUUGUAAGUCGCCCUGGAUAAGGGCGUCUGCUAAGAAAUAAAUAAAUAAAUAAUAAUAAUAAUAAUAAUAAUAAUAAUAAUAAUAAUAAUAAUAAUAAUAAUAAUAAUAAUAAUAAUAAUAAUAAAAAUCUGCUCACGCCCCAGCAGUGGAAAGCGGCUUUGCGGUUUAACCAUUUUAAAUUACAGUUAAUAACACUGCACUGAACCAUUGCGAUUUCCAGUCUCAUGAUCUCAGGGACGCGACUUUCUGUCAGAGCUUGAAAUAUCCGUGAUCUCUCGGGGCGGCGGCAGCCAAACCAACCAGCUCUGAAUUGCAUGUGCAAAUCCUGUAGCUUUAAUAUUAGCUUGUUGAGAGCAUUGAUCACCCAGCGGCUAUUCAGUGUAAAAUGAACUAAUUACAGCGCGCAGCAUAAACAGCUAGGAUAUAAUAGGAUAUAUUUAUUUUCCACUCCGGACGGACGGGACUCUUACAGUAGGGGUUGUGUUAACGCUAUCGAGGUACAUGAGUUCCAAAGAGAUUUUACUGUAAUAGUCUGCUGAAUAAACACGUCUGGUAGAAAUAAUAUUAUUAUUAUUAAUUUCUUAGCAGACGCCCUUAUCCAGGGCGACUUACAAUUGUUACAAGAUAUCACAUUAUUUUUACAUACAAUUCCCCAUUUAUACAGUUGGGUUUUUACUGGAGCAAUCUAGGUAAAGUACCUUGCUCAAGGGUACAGCAGCAGUGUCCCCCACCUGGGAUUGAACCCGCGAUCCUCCGGUCAAGAGUCCAGAGCCCUGACCACUACUCCACACUGCUGCUGCUAUACAUACAUUAUAUAUAUACACACACACACAUAUAUCUUUUAAUAUAUCGUCUCUUAAAAUUCCAGAAUAUUGAUUAUGAUGAUGAUGAUGAUCAGCUUCGUAAAGCACUUAAAGCGCUGUAUAUAUAGUUUUAAAAAAACAAACAAAAACGUAUAUUUUAAUUGUUGUUGAAGUUACUCCUAGUUUUUCAAGAAUUUUAUAUCAAUGUCUUCCUUAACAACAAAACAAAAAAGUUUAUCUGUUGCUUUUAUUUGUAGUUUUUCUGUGUUUUAUUUAUUUAUUUAUUUAUGUAUGUAUGUAUGUAUUGUACUGUAAUGCAUAUCCCGUCCCCUUAUAUACACGUAUAUAUAUUUAGUAUAAAGUUGAUGCUGUGAAACAGGCGCCAUUUCGGCUCUCACAGAGUCGCACCGCGUUGCAAACAGCAGGGCAGCUGGAGCCAAAAUGGCGGACACCGUGACGCAUUUCAGAACCUCUCCUCGGUCGCCUAGCAACAAGGCGCUCAGAGGAACGACGUCAUCAGCGGUCCAGCAGAUUGAGAGUUCGAAUGGCGGUUGGUUUAUUUUUCCAGCAGUUAAAGAGAAGACGGGAGAGCGCGUUUACUUUACUGUGUAGAAACAUUUAUAACGAAUACAACAAAACCAAACACAUUUACACGUCAAAGAGUGUCUCUGGUCUUUGAAUUGCGCGUUUACUAAAGAUAAUAAUCCCACCGUUAGAGCGGUAUUACACUCGCAUGGUGCCCGUCGAUCCCUGCUCGUCUCCCGCCUCUCUCAAGCAGGACUGUGUGUUUAUUUAGUGUAACACUGAACACAGUGUAACGAGGCAUCAUUUAUUGGAUGGAAAGCGGCGGUCACAGUGUUGGUGUGUCCAGCCUUGAGCCAGA